AUGGCAUUAGACAUUCGGAUCGGCGGGCGGUACCGGCUGGGGCGCAAAAUCGGCGGCGGUUCGUUUGGUGACAUCUACCUGGGCACCAACAUCCAGACCGGCGAGGAGGUGGCCAUCAAGCUGGAGAGCGUGAAGACCAAGCACCCGCAGUUGCUGUAUGAGUCCAAGCUUUACAAGAUCCUCCAGGGAGGAGUCGGCAUCCCCAACGUGCGGUGGUACGGAGUGGAGGGCGACUACAACGUGAUGGUGAUCGACCUGCUGGGGCCCAGCCUGGAGGACCUCUUCAACUUCUGCAACAGGAAGUUUAGCCUCAAGACCGUGCUCAUGCUGGCCGACCAGCUGCUGUCGCGCGUGGAGUUUGUGCAUGCGCGCAGCUUCAUCCACCGCGACAUCAAGCCGGACAACUUCCUCAUGGGCCUCGGCAAGAAGGCAAACCAGGUCCACAUCAUCGAUUUCGGCCUGGCCAAGAAGUACCGCGACCCAAAGAGCCACAUCCACAUCCCGUACCGCGAGAACAAGAACCUGACUGGCACGGCGCGCUACGCGAGCAUCAACACGCACCUGGGCAUUGAGCAGUCGCGCCGCGACGACAUGGAGAGCCUGGGGUACGUGCUGAUGUACUUCCUGCGGGGCAGCCUGCCCUGGCAGGGCCUCAAGGCGGCGACCAAGCGGCAGAAGUACGAGAAGAUCAGCGAGAAGAAGCUGUCCACGCCCAUCGACGUGCUGUGCAGAGGCUACCCUUCUGAGUUUAUCAGCUUCUUCCAAUACAGCCGCUCCCUGCGCUUUGACGACAAGCCGGACUACUCCUACCUGCGCAAGCUGUUCAGGGACCUCUUUGCGCGCGACGGUUACCACUGGGACUAUGUGUUUGACUGGACGAUCCUUAAGCACCAGCACCAGCAGGGCGCCUCGGGCUCGCGCCCCAUCGCGGGCCCCGCGCCGCAGCAGCAGGCGGGCGCGCAGGGGGAGGAGGACGCGGGGGAGCAGCAGCAGCAGCAGCAGGCCGCCGCCGCCGGCGCGGCGGCGGGCGGGGAGGACGGGCUCAAGGGCGACUCGCGGCGCAGGCUGCUGGGCGGCGGCGCGCCCGCGGCACAGCCGGCGGCGCAGUACGGCGCGGCGCCGGCCCGGUACUGA